AGGAACCGCUCUCUCUUUCCAUGGCUUUGAUAACGUCAUCAACAAAGCCUAAAUCUUUCACCUUUACAACUCUCUGUCUUGCAAAAAUGUCUCCGAACAAUAAUAGAGCAUUAAAUUUUAGCCAUUCUAAUUUUAAAAGCAAGAAAAUACACACCAGUUUUGUACCUCGUGUUUGUCAUUGUAGCAAAAAGAAUUUGUUUGCAAUUGUCAAUGCAGCUUCAGUGGAAUCAACAGAGCCAGAGCCAGAACCAGAAGUGGGAAAUUUGGGGAGAAUUUUGUUGUCAGAUGUGGUGGUAAAGAGGAAAAGAAGGGUCUUUUUUGGGAGGAAAUGGAACUCAUUAGAUAUAAUCACUGCUGGUGCCGUUUUGGCAAUGCAUUUGCUUAGUGUUUUUGCACCAUUUUAUUUCAAUUGGAGUGCUUUUUGGGUUGCUUUUGGACUCUAUGUCAUUACAGGACUUCUGGGCAUCACUCUUUCAUUCCAUAGAAAUCUUUCUCAUAGAAGUUUUAGGUUGCCCAAAUGGCUCGAGUACCUGUUUGCUUAUUGUGGAGUUCAAGCCCUUCAGGGGAACCCAAUUGAUUGGGUGAGGACACAUAGGUAUCACCACCAGUUUUGUGAUUCAGAAAGAGAUCCUCACAGCCCCCUUGAAGGGUUUUGGUUUAGUCACAUGAGUUGGCUUUUUUAUACCAAUUUGUUAAUUGAAAAGUGUGGAGGACCAAGCAAUGUUAGGGAUUUAGAGAAGCAGCCUUUCUACAGAUUUCUGAGAAGCUCAUAUGUUCUUCAUCCAAUUGCACUUGGAGUUUUGCUCUAUGCAUUGGGAGGUUUUCCCCUCAUUGUUUGGGGAAUGGGUGUGAGGAUUGUGUGGGUGUAUCACAUAACUUGGCUUGUGAACUCAGCUUGCCAUGUAUGGGGUAAGCAAGCAUGGAACACUGGAGACUUGUCCAGGAACAAUUGGUGGGUGGCAUUGCUUUCAUUCGGAGAAGGUUGGCAUAACAACCACCAUGCAUUCGAGUACGCAGCUCGACAUGGCCUGGAAUGGUGGCAAGUCGACAUGACUUGGUACUUGGUAAGAUUUUUGGAAGCCAUUGGCUUGGCGACUGAUGUAAAGUUACCAACUGAGCUUCACAAACAGAAAAUGGCUUUCAACAAUUGAAGCUAUGUUGUUGCCAUUGGUUUUGGUGGGCAAAUUCUGGCAGCUGCAUCUUGUUCAACUUCGUGAGAGACACUGAUUAUUAGUAGUAAUAAUAUUACAGAUACAACAACGUGAAUACAAAAAACUUGUUAAGUCAUCAAAUCAUCAAACUCUUGAAUACAAAAGGGUGCGAAAUGAAUAUACCUCAUAUAUUUUUUCACAAGUACUUUUUUAGUAUAAUAUAGAGAGACUUGGACUUAAACUCUUUAUCUUGGAGUCUAAUCUCUUUAUUAG